GACUGGAUUGGCUACUGUAACGCUAGCCUGUAGGAGUAUUAGCAAGGAUGCUCGGUCUCUGGUAUUAGUGACCCAUAGACAGAGAGUGCAGCCUGGACGAAGAUUGAUAAUACAACGCUGUCUUCUGUCUUCCAUAAUUACACAAUUAUUCGCUUUAUAUAAUACUUACUUAAUUUUUUUAAACAACAUUUUUACCACUCGGGAAUCGUAGGCUGUUUAUAUGGAAAUAUGAUUAGCUGUCACAGUAUAACGGACGUAAAGCUAGACAGUUUGUGGUAAAAACGCAUUUUACAUUUAAUUUUUUCCGUUGCUGUUGGGAAUUUAGUUCAAUGCGUAUGGUGCUGAGAUAUAUCGUGCCAUUCUGAAAGUGCAGGGACGGUGGACAGACGUCACUCCGUGAUGGAUAAUGCCCAUACUAAGACGGUGGAGGAGGUUUUGGGCUUCUUCACUGUCAAUGAGUCUACAGGUCUGAGCUGUGAGCAGCUGAAGAAGAACAGGGAGAAAUGGGGAACAAAUGAAUUGCCAGCCGAAGAGGGGAAGUCACUGUGGGAGCUGGUCCUGGAACAGUUUGAGGAUCUGUUGGUUCGAAUCCUGCUGCUUGCUGCGUGCAUCUCCUUCACCCUGGCGUGGUUCGAAGAAGGGGAAGGGACGAUCACAGCCUUUGUUGAACCCUUUGUCAUCCUCCUCAUCCUCAUCGCCAAUGCUAUUGUGGGAGUGUGGCAGGAGCGUAAUGCAGAGAAUGCCAUUGAGGCUCUGAAGGAGUACGAGCCAGAGAUGGGCAAAGUGUACCGACAGGACAAGAAGAGCGUCCAGAGAAUCAGAGCCCGAGACAUCGUUCCUGGAGACAUCGUGGAAGUCGCUGUUGGGGAUAAGGUCCCGGCUGACAUCCGGCUGACCUCCAUCUGCUCCACGACUCUGAGGGUGGACCAGUCCAUCCUGACGGGGGAGUCUGUGUCUGUUCUCAAACACACAGACCCUGUCCCAGACCCCCGAGCCGUCAACCAGGACAAGAAGAACAUGCUCUUCUCUGGAACCAACAUUGCAGCGGGCCGUGCCAUUGGGGUUGCCGUGGCAACAGGGGUGCAGACAGAGAUUGGGAAAAUCCGAGAUGAGAUGGCUGCCACUGAGCCUGAGAGGACCCCCCUGCAACAGAAACUAGACCAGUUUGGAGAACAGCUGUCUAAGGUCAUCAGUGUGAUCUGUGUGGCGGUAUGGGCCAUCAAUGUGGGACACUUCAACGACCCGGUCCAUGGAGGCAGCUGGCUGAGAGGAGCUGUGUACUAUUUCAAGAUCGCUGUGGCUCUGGCUGUGGCUGCCAUACCAGAAGGCCUCCCAGCCGUCAUCACUACCUGCCUGGCUCUGGGCACCAGGAGGAUGGCCAGGAAGAACGCCAUUGUGCGCAGUCUGCCGUCAGUGGAGACGCUGGGCUGCACCUCUGUCAUCUGCUCUGACAAGACAGGAACACUGACCACCAACCAGAUGUCCGUGUGCAGGAUGUUUGUAGUAGACAGUGUGUCAGGGGAGCGCUGCAGCCUGAACGAGUUCACAGUGACUGGAUCUACUUACGCCCCUGAAGGGGAAGUGUAUAAGGAUGGCUCAGUUGUGAAGUGCAGUCAGUAUGAAGGCCUGGUGGAGCUAGCCUCCAUCUGUGCUCUGUGCAAUGACUCGUCACUGGACUUCAACGAGUCUAAGGGUGUGUUUGAGAAGGUUGGGGAGGCCACAGAGACGGCGCUCAUCUGUCUGGUGGAGAAGAUGAACGUGUUCGACACUGAGCUGAGAGGACUCCGCCCUACAGAGAGAGCUACAGCCUGCUGCUCAGUCAUAAAGCAGCUGAUGAAGAAGGAGCUGACACUGGAGUUCUCCAGAGACAGGAAGUCCAUGUCUGUCUUCUGUUCAUCCAAUAAACACAUCAGGUCCGCCUCUGGAGCCAAGAUGUUCGUCAAGGGAGCUCCAGAGAGCGUGCUGGAGCGCUGUAACUUUAUCCGGGUCGGCGCUUCCUGUCGUGUGCCUUUGAGCGCGGCGGUCCGAGAGCAGAUCCUGUCCACUGUGCGGGAGUGGGGAGCAGGCAGAGACAUGCUGCGUUGCCUCGCCAUGGCAACCAGGGACACACCCCCUGACAACAAAGGCCUCAACGUGGAGAACUCCGCUACCUUUGCUGACUACGAGUCGGACCUGACCUUUGUGGGCUGUGUGGGCAUGUUGGACCCCCCCAGGAAAGAGGUGCUCUCUGCGGUCCGAAUGUGUCGGCAGGCUGGCAUCAAGGUCAUCAUGAUCACAGGCGACAACAAAGGCACAGCCCUGUCUAUCUGUCGGAGGGUGGGCAUCAUCACAGAACAGGAGGAGGAGCAGGAGGGCUUGGGGAUCAAUGGGGGCCUCACAGGGAGGGAGUUUGACGAGCUGCCCCCCCACCUGCAGCGCCAGGCCUGCAGGACGGUGCGCUGCUUCGCCCGGGUGGAGCCGGCACACAAGAGCCGGAUAGUGGAGUACCUCCAGAGCCUCAAUGAAAUCACUGCCAUGACAGGUGACGGUGUGAACGACGCCCCUGCUCUGAAGAAGGCGGAGAUCGGCAUCGCUAUGGGCAGCGGCACAGCGGUGGCUAAAUCCGCCUCUGAGAUGAUUCUGGCUGAUGACAACUUCUCCACCAUCGUGGCUGCAGUGGAGGAGGGCAGAGCCAUUUACAAUAACAUGAAGCAGUUCAUCAGAUACCUGAUAUCAUCCAACAUAGGAGAGGUGGUUUGUAUUUUCCUGACAGCAGCACUGGGCAUGCCUGAAGCGCUGAUCCCAGUCCAGCUGUUAUGGGUCAACCUUGUCACUGACGGUUUCCCAGCAACGGCUCUGGGCUUCAACCCUCCGGACCUGGACAUCAUGUCCCGUCCCCCCAGAACCUCCAAAGAGCCUCUGAUCUCCAGCUGGUUGUUCUGUCGCUACCUCAUCAUCGGAUGUUAUGUGGGAGCUGCUACUGUGGGGGCUGCUGCCUGGUGGUUCAUGGCAGCCCACGACGGACCAAAAGUGUCCUUCUAUCAACUGUCCCACUACCUGCAGUGCAGUGAAGGCCACGCUGAGUUUGCUGGUGUGCAGUGUUCAGUCUUUGAGUCUCCUUAUCCCAUGACGAUGGCUCUGUCUGUCCUGGUUACCAUAGAGAUGUGCAACGCCUUGAACAGUCUUUCAGAGAACCAGUCCCUGCUGAAAAUGCCUCCUUGGUCAAACCCCUGGCUGGUGGGAGCCAUCUGUCUGUCCAUGGCUCUACACUUCCUCAUUCUAUAUGUAGACCCACUGCCGAUGAUCUUCCAGAUACGCCCUCUGUCCUGGCCUCAGUGGGUGGUGGUGUUGAAGAUGUCUCUUCCUGUCAUCUUGAUGGAUGAAGCUCUAAAGCUCCUGGCCCGCAACUACAUUGAGCCAGGAAGCCAGAUGCAGACCAUGGAAGAGGAAGAGGAGCAGCGGAGGACGGGGGUGAGCCCGGGCUUGAUGGCGAGGAUGCGGCAAUCACUGAACGGCGUGUCCUGGUCGUUUGUCCUGAUCUCAGCUCCGCUACUGAUCUGGAUCUUCAGCCUGGACUCUGACAUCACCAACAUCUUCUGGGAGUGAUGGGAGGAAGAGAGGACGGCUGGACUGUGGGGGGAAGAAGAAAGAACAUCUGAAAGACUGUUGGAAUAGCAUGCAGAAGGGCUGAGUGUGUGAGGGAUAAAGAGUCAAAUAUUUGGCCAACAGACAAUCGGAAAACAACAGGUAACGGAUAGCAUCUCUUCCUUUACCCUCAAAUGUGCUGUGUGUAGCAUUUCAAUCAUUGAUGUAUGUCAAACACACCCAGAGUGAAAUAUGAUAGCUCUAAAGCUGUACACUAAGGAUAGCGUAGCAUGCUCACCUGCUAACCUCUGCAUUCUAAGAAGGUUAAUGAUAAACAUUAGCAUGUUAGCAUGCUAUAAUCUGUUUCUGUGUUGUAAAGUUUUAAGACAGCCAGCGUAGAGAAUAAUGUAGAUCAUUAUGGUUCCCAGCUUAUCACGUUGAUUCUUUCACUCAGGUUGCACCAGCUGGCCUAAAACCUAGUCUGUGUCACGCUCUGUGACGGCUAGCUAGCUUACAACUAGUCAUUUACCAAAUAUAGAAUUCCAAUCAAACUAAAGAAAUGUCUAAAUGAAUAAAGUAAUGUGUAAAUCUAUUGAUAAGAACAUCUGUCCCGUCAGAUCAAGUCUCCAAGGAGUUAUUAGUUAGUCGUAUUAUCGUGUUUUACAGUAGGCCAACCAUUCACCAUAUUUGUUGUGAGAUUAUUGGGAUAUAUUGUGUUUUUGUAAAAUAUAAUUUGAUGUAUUUUCAGUUACGCAGUAACUGCUUUGUUUGGGGCAACCCGAUUUAUUUAAUGAUCCACUUCUGUUAACAAAGUGUGGAAGUGGUGAAAGUUAUCACUACUUCAAUUUAAAAAGGCAACGAUAGGAAAAUCAGAACAAUGUGUGCAGCAGGAAUAUGUUUGUGUGUCAUUCUAACAGCUUGCUGACGCUGUUCCGUGGUUAAAUGCUACACAGAGCACCUUUUUGGAUCAAAUGUCUGGUUAGUGGAUCCGACAGAACACACACACCAGCUUUACCUCUACAUUGUACUUCACCAGUAAUAAUCUGUGGUCAGUAACAAGUAAUAAGGCCAGCUCUACUAUCAAACUCCUCAACAACAGUCUUAAAGUAUUAUUGUUCCACCUUCCUUGUAGAUACUGUACAUUAGACUACGACAAGCAUUUAACCUGUGAAGACAGACCUGCAUGUCAGCGCACGUCACACAUUUCUAACCACAUCAGAAGUUCAGCCUGAGUCCUGGACUCAAAGUGGACGUACAGCGGGGGGGUUCUGCAGGUGGUAAUAGCUUCCUAAUAGGUGACCACAGCAUUCCUUCACCCUCCUUUGUCUUCUCUCUGAUUGUUACUGACCUUGAAAAGCUGAAAAAGUCUUAAAGCAACUUGACAUCCUGAGGCUUCACACGCUGAAGCCGAGCCUUCACACAUGUUGACUUUAUUAGUUAUGUUGAAACACACGCUUAAAACGGAAACUUUGACUUUAAUUAUAUCUAUAAAAUCAACAGAUUACACAUAACUGUAUUAGGUUAGUUGAAAGCAAUAAUAUCAAGUUUAAUUAAAACAUAUUAGGUUCCACUUAAUAUUAUUGAUUUCAACUAACCUAAUACAGUUAUGUGGAACCUUUUGACAGAAUACAUUUGAAUGAAGCCAACCUUUCAGUGUUCUCAGUGCAGCAGGUUGUGCACUUGCAGGUACGGUCAGCGUCAUCUGCUACGUGAAUGUAAGCGUAACGGGUGAAUAUACUUCUUUUUGUUAAGCACUGUCUGUGUGUAUUACUUUCACUACUGCUUUAGUUGUACCUCAGAGUGUACUGCGAAUGAUUUGAAUGCUUUAAGCACCGCUGUGAUACAUUCCUCAUGAGUCCUGGAGAGGCCUGCUUUGAGUCAGCGUUUCAAAGCUUUGUGCCAUUCAGCCGUUUCCUGCAGCGAUCUCACUCUGUUUGCCAUUGAAGGGAUUUUUUUAUUUGUGCAACUGUUUGGAUUCAUGUAGUUCCAAAUGACUUAUUUGUCUAUGACAUUUGGCCACAAUGAGUAUAAUUAAGGAAGAUACACGUACAACUAAUAUUACAUUUCUCUGCUGACACAGACUAGAAGAGCAUUACAUAAAGUGGUGUCUAUAUUCUUGUAAUAUGUAUCAAUAUUAUUGCACAACAUCGUAUAAUGGCACAUUUGUUCCAGUAAUGUUGUGAUUUCUUCCUGUAAAGGUGCCACUUGAUUCUUGCAAUUGAACGUUUCAAAGUGAUUACACAUCAUAUUGCUGCUUUCCAUUAUAAAUCUGUUACUCUGUUAUCUUCUAAUUUCCAGUUGAUUCUUAUAUUAUAAAUGAUCACAUCGUUCCAUGACUUUCCUCCAAAAAGUGCCACUUCAUUCAAAACGGAGACUUCAUUCUCAUAACAGCAUGAUUCUUUCACAACAUUGCGCCUUUGUGCCCAAAUGUCAGAUUUCAAACAUUGUUUUCCCUCAAAUUGGCCCUUAAAGUUAUUCAUAUGACACCAUUUCAUAAAAACAUGAAGCUGGUUUCUUUGGACCUGUUGUGUUCCAGGCAGUUUGUGGGUUUUGUAUUUGUGUUUUAUUUUAUUUAAAUUGUUGUUUUAAUCACUACUGCCAGAUAAUGAUUCAAACAUAUAGUAUAUACUGUACCUUUUGUUGCCCGUAGUUUUGCUUUUUUUUUUUUUUUUGCUCAAGCUACACAAUAGCUUGAAAACUGGAAAACGACUGAGAGAUGUUUGUUGCAAUAUUUUUUUUUUUUUUUUUGUUUUAACAGAAGAAACACAUACCAACUUUGUUUACAGCGUUCUUUAUUGUUAUUGUUAUAGUUGUUAGCUCACACAUCUUCAGGAUGAACAUGAGUGAAAGGCUUUUUGGUUCCAGACUGUCACAAGAAAUGAAAGUUGUACCUGGCUGACUCACCUGUUUGAAUAAAGGUUGAAUUGAAGAAUUAAUAA